AGUAAUUUAGCUAUUUCUCCAGACACAACUUCUUCUCUUUAUCAACCUCAAUCUUGGCACCCAAAUCUCCAUACAUCCCAAACCUCUUCUCUCAAAAUGCAAAUCCUCACCCUCCUCCUCCUGGUAUCUACAACAACAGCGCACUUCAUCCUCAACUACCCCACCACCCUGGGUUUCAACCAAAACGCCGAAGACGACUCCCCCUGCGGCGGCGCCACCAUCUCCUUCACAAACACAACCGCCUUCCACCUCUCCGGCGAUGCAAUCGCCGUCACAACUCUCCACCCACAAUCUAACUUCCUCUACCGCGCCACCACCGACCAAAUCGGGACAUCGAACUGGACCGUCCUCUCCUUGGUCGCUGAGUACGGCUUGGGAGCUUUUUGCGAGCCGGCUUUGAGUGUACCGGAUUCUGAUUGGGAGGGGAAGAUGGGGUUGUUGCAGGUGGUGCAGAAUGCGGAGGAUGGGGUGCAUUAUCAGGUAUUUACACCAAAAAAAAUUAUUUUCUUCUUUAUGGCAAGAAUUGGGGUUGAUGAAACUUGAAAUAGUGCGCAGCAGUCAAUUUCGUAGCAGGUACUCAGAGUAAUAUGCCAGCCGCGUGCCAGAACGCGAGUGGGAACUCGGCGGCGUUCACUCAGGAUACGACGCUUCUUCCUGUAUCGGGGACGUCGAGCCCAACGGCUUCGGGUUCGGUGAGUAGCACAGCGAGUGCCGCGCCGUCGGCUAGCUCGACGAAGUUUUCUGGUGCUGGGGAGAAGAUGAGGGGGUCAGGGUGGUGGGCUGGUGGUGUUGGGUUGUUGGUGUUUGGGGUUUUGCUGGUUUAAGAGGGAAGAGUGUUUUGAGAAGGAAGAGAGAGGAAUAACUCAGCACUUGCUAUUGACGGGCGAUGGCUGAGCGUAGCCUAGAAGCAGAAGUUUGCUCGUUGCAGCCCAUCAAGUGAAGACAAUAACAAUCGUCAAUCCUUGGAAAG